GUAAACAGCCCUAAGUGAGUAGUUAUAGGGUAGUUAUUGAGAUUUAUUAAGGAGAUAACAAGUAAAUUGAUUCAUCAAACUUAUUUAUUUAUUUAUUUAUUUAUUGUACUUGGUAUUAAUUGCAAAUCUUUAACACAUUCCCCAAAUUACUACACUCCUAACCAAUUAAACAAAAAUGUAACCCCACCUUAAUCAAGAAACGACAGUCUUUUCAUAUCUAUCACCCCAACAUUAAAAGCAAUAAAUCAAAUUAAAUACUCGUAAAAAAAUAAAUAACCUGUAAUAAAUAAAUAGGUUCUUAAAAAAAAAGAAAAAGAAAAAAAAGGCAUAUGGCAUACCCCUAUAUAUACACAUUUCCUCUCAAAAUUCUCUCUGUUUGUCACUGAACAAAGAGAAAAGCAGGCUUAUUUUGCUGCUCCAGUUUCCUUGCACGCUACUUCUUUCUCUCUCCUCUUUCUCUCUCUACUUUCUCUCUCUUCCUUUCACUUUCACUCUGCAAAUUACCUUCUGCUCGGAGAAAUAUGGGAGAAAUCGUCGCUGCCGGAGUUUCCGAACUGCAAAAUCUCAGCUCUUCCGAUUGUCGCCGGUAUUCUAAGCAUGUUAAAGAUAAUGUUCAUGGAUUCAUUCUUCUUGAUCCGCUUGCACUGAAGUUCAUAGACACCGAACAAUUCCAGAGACUUCGCGAUCUUAAGCAGCUUGGAGUAACAAACCUGGUUUUCCCUGGGGCUGUACACUCUCGGUUUGAGCACUCGCUAGGAGUCUAUCAUCUUGCUGGUGAAGCUGUUAAUGAACUUAAAAGAUACCAAGGUUCAGAGCUUGGAAUUGAACCUUUUGAUGUACAGUCGGUAAAAAUUGCUGGGCUACUGCAUGAUGUUGGUCAUGGUCCAUUCAGCCACAUGUUUGAAAGUGGGUUCCUUCCCAAGGUUCUUGGUGGUGCUAAAUGGUCUCACGAGGAUAUGUCUGACCGCUUGGUUGAUUACAUAGUUGAUGAGCAUCACAUAGAGAUGGAAGAUGGCAUGUUAAAGAAAGUGAAGGAAAUGAUAGUUGCCAGUACCGAGCAUGGUUCAGCAGAGCGUGUGAAGGAGAAGAGGUUCUUAUAUGAUAUUGUUGCAAAUGGAAGAAAUGGAAUCGAUGUUGACAAAUUUGACUACAUAGUUCGUGAUUCUCGAGCUUGUGGUCUUGGCUGCAGCUUUCAAUUUGAGAGGUUGCUGCAAACCAUGAGAGUGAUGGAUGAUGAGAUAUGCUACAGAGCCAAGGAAUAUCUUACUGUUCACAAGCUGUUCAAUACCCGUGCUGAUCUGCAUCGAACAGUCUAUACGCAUGCUAAAGUGAAGGCAGUAGAGCUUAUGGUGGUUGAUGCACUGCUGAAAGCAAAUAAUUUUCUUCAAAUUGCUUCUAAGAUUCAUGAUCCUGCUGAAUUUUGGAAGUUGGAUGACACUAUAAUAAAAAGAAUUGAAACUGAUCCUCACCCAGAGUUGAAAGAGUCUAGAGACUUAAUUUUGCGGAUAAGAAGGAGAGAUCUCUAUCAGUUCUGCAACGAAUUCACUGUUCCAAGAGACGGUCUUGAGCACUUCAAGGAAGUUACUGCCAAAGAUAUUAUUUGUUCACAGGUGUCUGGUGGGGUGACCUUACAAGAAGAUGAUGUUGCUGUGAGCAAUAUCAAGAUUGACCUGACACAAGGCAAAAACAAUCCACUUAAAAGCAUCAAAUUCUUUCAGGACUAUGAUGUUGAUCAGAACUUCACUAUUAGCGAUCAAAGCAUCAGCCAGCUACUGCCUUCAUGCUGUCUAGAUAGAAUAGUCCGGGUGUACUCUAAGAAGCCUGAACUGGUUGCAGUGGUGUGUGAAGCAUUUGAGAACUUUCAGCAGCAGAAAUAUGGGAGAAAAACUCAAGUGCAUGGAACACCACAGAAGAAGAAGCAGCGAAGACUUUGAAGCUGCCAACUUAUGAAAAUUGUCAAGUGUACAUACCUGAAGACCAAGGUGUAUAUCAUAGUAUAUUUUGUAGGUAAUAUGCAGACUAGUUUAAGCUGAAGGGGUUUUAACACGUGACUUACAUCUGUGUACUCUGCACAUUGGUGACGCAGCAAAGUUCUAGUCUCAUAGCUGAAGUAAGAAAAAUAGUAGUAGCAGUAAAUGACACUGAUUUUUGGGAGCUUAAUUUGGUCUUAUAUUGAAGACCUUCUCACUGAAUUUACAAGAUGAGAUUGAAGAACUGGACAUCACAUUUUUGGCUUCGUCUGGUGUUGCCCGUCAGUACGAUUCUUGCAGCGCUAUCACAAGUCUGGAAUAGGCAGCACAUUCCUCAUUAUUCUUUUUGUAAGAAGAAUUGAUGUUUGUACAUAUCCAAAACUCCAGAUGUAUACACUACUGUAGCGUAUACAAAUUUCGAAGUAUAUUUGUUGGUUUAUAUGCAGUAUAGCAGCCAAUUGGUAACA